AUGUUCUCUUUCUUCAAAUUUCUGGCCCUGGCCACACUGUUCGCCGUCGUUUUCUGUGAAGAAAAGAUCACCCCCAAUGAUGUGAUAGGUUUGAUUGGAGAUUUGAUUCGUUUACUGGUUCGAAAAUGUUCAUUCGAUCAUAAAUUCGCUUUUUCUCAAUUGUUAUUCAACACCAAAACAGUGAAAAAAGCUGAAGAACGCUUUUAAAAAAUCCUACCGAAGUAAAAAUUCACUUUCCAGCCCACGUGUUGGAAGUAAUGAAGGAAGUUGGCGUUUCCGAAGGGUCCCGUCGCGAAAUUGAGAAAAUUGCCUUACCUUAUAAGGUAAAUACUUUGGGUGACACUCCCCAAGCUACAAUGACGUAAUUCAGCCGAAACUUCAAGAAACUAUACAGAGGAAAGACGACAGCACCAGCAAAGCCGCCUUCAAAGAAAUGAGGUCUAAAAUCGACGCCUACCUCGCCACGGCCUCGAAGGCGGAUCAGGUUUGCUAUUCAAGAGCCAGAAAAUUUCUUGCUUAAAUUAUAAGCACAGUAAUAUUAUUUUAAUGAUAAAGAAAAACAAUACUCUAACAAAAACAAAGAAAAAGAAAUACCCAUCUAAAAAUUUCUCGCACAGUGACGGUCAUAUGCCGUGUUCAAUUUGAUUCCGCGAAAUGCAAAAUACCCGUUAGAGAAAGGAAAAGAUCACUAAAUUGUGGAGAGUCAGAGAUCAUUUUGCAUUUCGCGGAAAUUACUUUGAACACGGCAAUAGAUCCAUAGUUCAGUUUUUUUUUAAUCUCCUCGAUAGCCUUGACGCAUUCAUCAAAGGAAAAAAGAAAGUAAAAAAUAAAAAAAAGAAAAAAAAAUUAUUUUCAAAUCGUUGUCCCUGGAGUGCUCGCUCCCGAAAGGCGCAAUAGAGCGCAUUUCAGAAAUAUUCAGGUUUUUCUUUUUCGCAAUUUCGUUUUUCUAUUCCUUUCAACCUUUAUUGAUUUUAAUUUCUAAGUAAACCACACUCUGGACUUCGAUUUGAGUUCUUAGGCCCGAUUACAAGCUACAAAAGAAUUUACUCUAAAAAAACUUCAAAAAUCUUGUUAAUUUUAUUUUUUUAAUAUUCAAUACUUCAACUAUAAAAAAAUUAUAGUGAAAAAUGUUUUUGCAGGAAGCACACAAACGGUUUGGCGCGAGAAUUAAGGCCGAGGCUGGGGAAUAA